UGCUGUCAGCGCAGCGAAACGUCAACACGUUUGUUUAUGUUGUGAGAAAGCAUUCGUUCUUGCGUAUGCAUUCCGGUGAGCGCGCUUGUGCGUGGUACGAAAAGAGGUGCAUCAAUUUUAUCGCGCAGUUAAUCAGUAAGCGGAUAUGUCGAAACGCAAGGCAAGCUACGUCGUGGAGGAAGACAAUUAUCUGGACGAUUUGGUGCGAGAUAAACAGAAUAAUCAACCCUCCACCAGCAAACAUACGCUCGAUUCCGACGAGGAGGACGACAGCGGUGACGAUGCUCCGUACAACGUACUGGAUGAUAAUGAGAUCGUUGGCGAGGAAGAUGGUGCCGCACGGAUCGAUGGAGAAACAAAAUUUACCCCGUUCAAUAUGAAGGAAGAGAUGGAGGAGGGACACUUCGAUGCGGACGGGCACUAUCUGUGGAAGAAAACGGCCGAGGUGAAGGAUCACUGGUUGGACAACAUCGAUUGGGUGAAGCUAAAGAAUGAUCCCAACUAUAAGGAGCGGCCCGAUAAGGGGGACGAGCGUGGCCUGGCCGAUUCCGACUCGGACGAGGACGAUGAGGAAAGUGGUGCGGGCGGAAAGAAGUUUGACGACAUCGGUACUUACCAGCAGAUGCUGCAGCUGAUGGAACCAAAGGAAACGGUCAAGCGAGCAUUGCAACGGUUGGGCAAGGGUACGGCCAAGCUGACGACCGCACAACGCUGGAAGCUGAAAAAGGCGGGCAAAUCACCGGAUGAGGCAAGCGCAAAGAUCACGAAGCUGACCGAGCUGUCGAACGAUAUACUCACCAACAAUGGCAACAUGGACGUGUACGAGGAAACGUUCGAGGUGAUCCAGAAGAAGGUUUCGGAUGCGGAGAAGAAGAAAGCGGCAGCUACCACCGAUCCUGGAGAUGAGCUGGACAUGUACGCGGACGAUUUCGAUAGCCGUGAAAAGAGUAAGCUCGGUGGUGCUGAUGGUGGUGGUAAGGAUGCGGAUGUGGACAAAGCUGUUUCCUCCGAGAAAGAGGCGAACGGCAAGGAAAAUACCAAGGACGAUACGGAACAGGAAAGCGAACAGGCCAAAAUACUGAUGUGGGAGUAUAAGGAACAGCAGGAUGGGGAAACGGUACUCGGUCCGUACACCACGGAACAGAUGCAAAAGUUUGCCGAUGAAGGACGGUUCAGUAGUGGUGCGUUCGUGCGCAAGGUCGACAGUGAUGAUGCGCGGUUCUAUUCGGCGGCGAGGAUCGAUUUUGAUCUGUACCUUUAAUGUAGGAGCGAUAGGGAGGAACCACAAAGUCACAAAAAGCACGACAUACAGCAUUUUAAAGUCUUCUAAUAAAAUAAUAAAGUAAGCAUUUCCACACACACUUUUUUGUCAUACUUA